UUAGUAACACGCUCUUUGGUUGUUUCGAUCUAAACGCGCUCAACACACAGAGCCUUAGCAGUUAUCUCCCUCUCUCUCAGUCCGCAAAUUCCCAAACCCUAGCAAUCUCCCUUUCUGUUUCUGCAAUCUCUCCUCGCGCAAUCGCUAUCUCAUUUUCUCUCUCCUUUCAUACCUGUCUUCUUCUUAGCUUCUCUGUAUUUUCCUCUGUGCACACCGGAUUUGUGCAAUUUUUGUUGGUAUUAUAUAACGACGAUGACUGACGGAAAGCUCAAUCUACCUGAAGAUCUCCUCCUCUCCUCCAAAUCAGCCGAUGAACGCAUCUCCUCCUUCAAAGUUAGGAAUGUCUUUCUUUUUGGAAAUGGUAGAUCUAGGAGGAAUUGGAGAGAACAAGCCAUUGAGUUUGGCAGAUGAGUCUAAAGAUCAAUUGACUGUGGACAACACAAUACCGCUUUCUCCUCAAUGGCUUUAUGCUAAGCCGGUGGAUGCUAAGUCAUUAACUGCUGGAGCAUCAGGGGAAACACGUGCAUCAAAUUCUUUGUCCCUUGGAAACUCCAUUGAUAACAAUUUGAAAGACAAUUGGCGUUUAGAUGGAACCCAAGACAAGAAAGAUCGGAGGAGGAUUGCUUCUGACAUAGAAAGUAGCCGUCGCUGGCGUGAGGAGGAGAGGGAUACAGGCUUGCUUGGUAGAAGAGAUCGCAGAAAAGAGGACCAUCACGCUGAUUCUGUUUCAACCAGAGAUAUAUCUGAGAAUAGGACUUUGUCUUCUUCUGAUCGUUGGCAUGACAGCAAUAACCGCAUUUCUGGGCAUGAAUCCCGAAGAGACAGCAAGUGGUCAUCUAGGUGGGGUCCGGAAGAUAAAGAGAAGGGUUCUUUAAUUGAUAAGAGGGCAGAUGUUGAGAAGGACACUCACAGUGACAAACAAAAUUUUGGCACAGCUAGCCGCCCAACUUCUGACCUUGAGAAUGAUUCUCGUGAUAAGUGGAGGCCUCGCCAUCGUAUGGAAGUUCAUGCUGGUGGACCUGCUGCAUACCGGAGCGCACCUGGAUUUGGGUCAGAUAGAGGACGAGUGGAGAGCUCAAAUGUGCGGUUUGCUGCUGGACGAGGGAGGUCUAACAAUAGUGGGAACUUUCAAAAUGGCAGGCAUUGUAAUUCUUCUCCUAUUGGUUCCGUUCCUGUGGAUAAAAAUCAUGCGUUCUGUUAUCCAAGGGGAAAACUUCUUGACAUUUACCGAAAGCAUAAGACUCUUCCAAGUUUUGAUCCUAUGCCAGAUGGGAUGGAACAUGCAUCUCCAAUAACACAGGAAACUGCUAUCAAGCCAUUGGCUUUUGUUUCCCCUGAUGCAGAGGAAGAGGCUGUCCUUGGAGAUACAUGGCAGGGAAAAAUCACAAGUGGAGGAUUGAAAAGCUCAUUUAGAGACAAUGACACAUCAAAUAAUAAUACCGCAGGCUUUGGUGAGGUGCCUUUAGGUGAGGGGAACCCAAAUUCCUCUGUCAAGACUGAAGAAAUUGCUGACUCUUUUGGAAAAAUUACUGUUAAUGUUUCUGGUCAAGGUAUUGGUUCUGAGUUGUUAGAUACAUCAAUGGCUGAGGAAAAGGAUUCACAAAAAGAUGGCACACAGAAGCUUACAACAACAAUUGGCAGAGAGUUGACGGAUGACUUUGUGCCUGCAGUUUCCAAGAAAGAUGAUUCCAGCAGUGUUGGGGAGUGCGGUCCAAGCGACAAUGUUGUGGAGUUGAAAGCUUUUGAAAUGUCAUCAGUGGAAGAUGUGGCUUCAAAGAAGCACCUUAAGUUGGGGGAUUAUGAGCCAACUACUUUUGAAAUUGGUAGCCAGCUUCCUGGCGAUUCAAAUUCUCUAUUUGAUUUUAUUAUUCCACCCGAGGAGCUAUCGUUGUGCUAUCUUGAUCCUCAAGGGGCAAUCCAGGGACCAUACCUUGGUAUUGAUAUCAUUGCAUGGUUUGAGCAAGGAUAUUUUGGAACUGAUCUACCAGUUCGUUUGUCAGAUGCUCCCAGUGGAUUACCCUUCUUUGAGCUUGGAGAUAUUAUGCCUCACCUUAAACUUAAACCUGGGUGCGCUUCAAGCACUAGUCCAUCUGCUAAGUUACAACUAUUGGAACCUGUUGGAGAAAGCUUGGAAGGGAGCGCACUGCCUCCUGCUUCUUCUCUUGAAUUCAAGGGUUCUUCUGUCAGGGAAGAACUGCAGUAUGCCUCAUCUGGUCAGUCAAGAAUACCUGAUCAUGGUUUUCGCCCAAGUACAGUGGAUUCUGAUGAUCAAAGAUUCCAAAAUAUUGUUUCUUUGGAUGAAGAAAUUGUCUUUCCUGGAAGGCCUGGAAGCAGUGGCAACCCUUUGAUGACAGAUGCCGCAGACAUUCAGAGUUUUGUUUCUAAUCCUCCUAGCCACCCUGUCAUCUUAAAUGAAUUUUCAGAAACUGGCAUGCUUACUCAUCAGGAUGAAAUAGUUCAUCCAUUUGGCUUGCUGAUGUCUGAGCUCAGAAGCAACUCUCAUCUGAAGCAUGCUCAAGCAUCCUAUAUGGCUUCAAGCAUGAGUGAGGGUCAUGCUGUGGAUCCUUAUACAGAGCGUGAUGCUGCUCUUGCUAGCCAUGGGUCCUUUGAUGCAGUAUCUGAUCAAUCCUGUUAUACAGAUACAUGGCCUGAAGAUUAUAGUAAAAAGCCACUCAUGAACUCCCACAUUGAUCUAGGUUCCACAGAUGCUCGACACUUAUUUCAGAGGCAACCUGAGUUCAAUGAUUUUGACCAGCAGCAUCUCAUGCCACAGAAGAUGCAAAAUGAACGUCAACAACAGGAUCAUGUCUCUCAUCCCUUCUUACAGGAACUAGGUUUUGAGCAAAUCCCUUCUCAUCUGAUUGAACUGCAAUUUCAACAGCAGAGAAAGUUGGAGCUCCAACAACAGUGGCAGCUGGAGCUUCAACAUCAUCGGCAGUUGGAGCUUCAAUGUCAACGGCAGUUGGAGCUUCAACGUCGACAGCAGUUGGAGCAUCAGCGGCGGCAGUUGGAGCUUCAGCAACAGCAGCAACAGUUUGAACUUCAGCAACAGCAUCAUUUACUGCAUCAACAACAGCUUCGUCAGUACCAAAUGAAAUUGCAGCAGCAGCAGGUUCUGGAACAGUUGCUGCAGCAUCAGAUGUCUGAUCUUGGCUAUGGGCAGGGAAAGGGAGAUCCAAUGAGAGACAACUUGGUUGAUCCGAGUCAAUUUAGGACACUACUUCCAGAACUGCAGCGAAAUCUGCAUAUUCCAAGGCAAUUGGAUCUGUCACUGGAGCAGGUAAUUCGAGCAAAGAUUGGCCAGAAUAAUCUUCAAGAACUUCAGACUGAUAUCUUAGACCUCUUAUCACAUGUGAAGCAUGGUAAUAUAUUGCCUUCAGACCUGCAACUCCAUCAUCAGCUAGAACAGAUGCAGGCGCAAGAGUUGUCUUUGGCUAGGUCAACAGGAUUUAACACUUCAGAUUGCCACCUGCAACAGCAGAGGCUAUCCUCACAUGAUGAACAUUUAAGACACAUCAAAUGGAAUCAUGCUUUACAGGAGUUACAUCAGGGUGGGUUUUAUGAGCCUAGCUCUAUGGCAUUUGACCAUCUGACAUCUCUUCCUGCUAUCACACUAGGGAUUAAGUUGGAUAAUGUAAAUGGUCAUUCCGAAGGUCCAGAUUCAGCAGAACAUCUAUGUAUGCAUCCUGCUGAGCAACUGGGUUCUGUUUCUUCAAAUGCUCCCUCUUGUGACCAACAAGUUCUUGAUGAUAUUUAUGCUUUUCAUCCUGAAAUGACAGAGAGCUACUUCCCUGGAAAACGAAGGCAGCAAGAGAAUAGUUGGGUUGAAGGAGGGAUGCAACAGCUGCAUCAUGAAAAUGAAAGAAAAAGAAAUGCUUCAGAAGCUUCUGGAAACUCAAGUAUUUGGUUAUCAGGUCAACGAGAUGAGGAGAGCUCGAAGCAAGUUUUAAUGGAUCUUCACCAAAAAAUAGGUCUUCAAUCUAUUCACUCAUCAGAAGAUGAUUAUGGGCACCUUAUAUCCUCUUCAAAGUCUCGGGAAUCCUUUUGGCCGAUCACUGAUUCAUCUUCUUCAAAUCAUAGUCCAGAUCAAGAAGUUGCCAUGAAUAACUCAUUUAUGGAUAGGCCUCAACAUUUGAACUCAAAUUCUCUGUUGCAUGAUAAUCCUGCCAUGGCCUUGAGUGGUCAAUUACACCUAGGAAAUGGUGAAAGAUUGCAUGGGUCAAAUUCUGGAGCACUACCAGAAGAACCAACAUUUUUGUCUGGCAUGAUAAAUACUUCUCAAGCUAAUCAUGUGGAUAACAGGUUUGGUUCAAAAUAUACCAAGGAUAAAGACUUGGCAGAAUUGGAUAACAGAUCCGGGUCCAAAUGUGUGAGGGCCAUGUCCAGGUCUGUUUCACACAUUGAAGAAAACUUUGUUGAACAAGCUGAAACUGCUAUGGAUCUUGUUAAUGCACAUAGCAGGCAUAGUUCACUAAGCAGUGCUGGUGGAUAUGGAGGCUUACAUGGCUAUGAGAUGGGAUUAGAUAAUUCGACCAGUGAAGAGGUUUCUAAUGACAGGGUUAUAUUAAGUAAAGGGCUUGACAUUUCCUUGCAUAAAUGCCCACCAGUGUCUCGAGCCUUGUCUUCCCUGGAUGUUCUGUCAGACAUGGCAUCUGCUUCGCAUAAAAAUCCAACAAGCAUUGCAACUUCUGAUGGAAGGAGGAAUGAAUCUGUAGAGAAUUUAGCAGCAGCAUGGGGAGGUGAUACCCAAGCAUCUGGCAUGAAAGAAGUGCGUUUUAGGAGGACCGCGUCUUACAGUGAUGCUGGUAUAACAGAGACAUCAUUCAUAGAUGUGCUAAAAAAGCCUGUUUUUUCUGAGGCUGAAGCAGCUAAUGCGGCUGCCUUGGAAUCAUCUGAUGGUUCACUGACUGGACGAAGUGGGAAAAAGAAAGGGAAGAAAGGAAGGCAGAUUGAUCCUGCUCUCCUUGGCUUCAAGGUUUCUAGCAAUCGCAUUAUGAUGGGUGAGAUACAACAUCUUGCUGACAACUGAUACAUGCUGCUCUUGCACGUUUUUCUCCACUUGUUUUGGAGAUGAGUAGAUUUUGUACCGAUUACUGAAGAAGCAAAUAGGACUUGAGAUUCUUUGAUUUUUUUUUCUCCUUUUCCUGUCUUGUUGUUCAAGGUGUGGGGAAACUGCCUGAAUUUCUGUUCUUGGCUGCCCUGCCAUAUUGUUAGUUUAUGAAGUUCAAAUUUUAUGUAAUAUGAAAUAUUUUGUAGACAUGAAAUAUGUUAGAGAAUAAUAAAAUAUACAUCCUAUAUUAGGUUUUUAAUCAUUU